CAGUCUGAUGAGGACAAACAGCUGCAAGAAGAACUGGAGAUGAUGGUGGAGAGACUUGGUGUGAGUACCACAAGAACUGCUAAACCUCUGCUAAAGUCUGGUUUGCUUUAGACACUCUGGGACUAUAGCUUUUUACAUUCUUAUUUAUUUUACUGUACAUAAGGCGUUAGUAUAGAGAGUCAGUAAUUUACAUGCGCUGCAUUAAGUCUUUGGUAGCUAUGCAUAUAAAACAACAUUGUUUUUACUUAUGCAAUGUAUAUCCCCCUGCCCCUUUUCUCUCUCUCACCCACCCACAGGAGACGGACACGUCUCUGUACCGGCCUGCUCUAGAGGAGCUGCGCAGGCAGAUCCGCUCCUCCACCACCUCCAUGACCUCUGUGCCCAAGCCCCUGAAGUUCCUGCGGCCACAUUAUGGCAAGCUCAAAGAGAUCUACGAGGGCAUGGCGCCUGGCGAGAACAAGGUGGGAACACCGAUGGCUAUGUCCUUGCUAAAUGGCUAACCGUGACAGUGGGGAAAACAAGAGGGAGGGAUGGCUCCACUACUUUAUCGCUUCCUUUCCCUGUCUGCUUUUACUUUAUAACCACAGUGCAAAAGUCUGGAUGGAUUUCUUUUACAAUGUUACUGGAGAUACAGACAAGAAAACAAGGAUAGAUACCUAGUAAAUUGGACAUCGCAAUUCUGGAUGGAACUAGGGAUUCAUGUUCAGAAGGACCCAUCAUAACUGUGUCAUUAUGGAAACGUCUAACUACUGUCUGUUUUGUUUUUGCAGAGUUUCUGUGCAGAUGUGGUGUCGGUCUUGGCCAUGACAAUGAGUGGGGAGCGGGAGUGUCUGAAGUACCGUCUGCUGGGCUCCCAGGAGGAGCUGGCGUCCUGGGGACAUGAAUAUGUCAGGUAGGAUACGUGAGGCCAUUCCAAACGGCUAACAACACAAGGGUGAAUCCUACCUUCUACUUAAGUAGAAUUUCACUUAGUCAUGCAUUGAUACCAAUGGAAGACUAAGUACAAAUUUGACUUAGAAUUCGCCUCCAUACCUUGCAGGAGUAGGCAGUUUGUGUGGUCUGACCUAGGCCUGUGACAAUACCAGUAUUGAGAUUUUUUUCCAUGGCAAAAAUUAAAAAAUGAAGAAGACCAACUUUUGGUCCUUUAAAAACCUGCUGUAUGUAAAUUAUUGUGUGCUAUAGCUUGGAAAAUAAAUAAAUGUGACUCUGGAUGUUUGUUUCCAACAUUUGGGCAGUUUUCCUAAAGAAGUUCAAUAUUUCCUUUCCGCGAUACUGGUAUUGUUCCGGCCCUAGUCUUCUGACCCAAACUCUGUGUGUGUAUAGGCACCUGGCGGGCGAGGUGGCCAAGGAGUGGCAGGAGGUUGAGGAGAGUGAUAAGACGCAGCAGGAGACUCUGCUGAAGCUGGUGAAAGAGAUUGUGCCCUACAACAUGGCCCACAACGCUGAGCACGAGGCCUGUGACCUGCUGAUGGAGAUCGAGAGGCUGGAGAUGCUGGAGCUCUACAUAGAUGAUAAUGCAUACGCCAAGGUCUGCCUCUACCUCACCAGGUGAGUGGACAACACACACCUUACCACGUGAGGGGCAAACAUAUGUACCUUCACACAGACAUGUUCAAACACCUGUACCACAGUUUGCCUCUGCCUCAACAUACCUGUAGUGUGCCAACAUCAGCCUGAAGAGACAAAAGGAAGUUCCUCUCAUCAGUAAUCCUAAACCCUUCUCUUCUCUCUCUCCUCUCUCUCCAUGCCAGCUGUGUGAGCUAUGUCCCUGAGCCAGAGAACUCUGCCCUGUUGAAGUGUUCCCUGAACAUCUUCAGGAAGUUUAACCGUUACCCAGAGGCCCUGAGGCUGGCCCUGAUGCUCAACGAUGUGGAAUUGGUGGAGAACAUCUUCACCUCCUGCAAAGACAUGUAAGGACUGACACAACACACUCACUGCACUCUCUCUCACACUUAUCUCACAGCAACACUUUUGCAACAAGUGCUACCUACAGGUAACUGCCAAAAUAAAGGAAACACUUGAGUAAAUGAGGGAAACAAAGUAUACUGAACAAAAAUAUAAAUGCAACAAUUUCAAUGAUUUUACUGAGUUACAGUUCGUAUAAGGAAAUCAGUGAAUUGAAAUAAAUUAAUUAGGCCCUAAUCUAUGGAUUUCACAUGACUGGGCAGGGGAGCAGCCAUGGGUGGGCCUGGGAGGGCAUAGGCCCACCCACUGGGGAGCCAGGCCCAGCCAAAGAAUGAGUUUUUCCCCACAAAAGGGCUUUAUUACAGACAAAAAUACUCCUCAGUUUCAUCAGCUGUCCGCGUGGCUGGUCUCAGACAAUCCCGCAGGUGAAGAAGCCGGAUGUGGAGGUCCUGGGCUGGCAUGGUUACACGUGUUCUGCGGUUGUGAGGCCGGUUGGAUGUACUGCCAUAUUCUCUAAAACAAUGUUGGAGGUGGCUUAUGGUAGAGAAAUGAACACAAAAUGAUCUGGCAACAACUCUGGUGGACAUUCCUGCAGUGAGCAUGCUCCCUCAACUUGAGACAUCUGUGGCAUUGUUUUGUGUGACAAAACUGCACAUUAUAGUGGCCUUUUAUUGUCUCCAGCACAAGGUGCACCUGUGUAAUGAUCAUGCUGUUUAAUCAGCUUCUUGAUAUGCCACACUGGUCAGGUGGAUGGAUUGUCUUGACAACGGAGAAAUGCUCAUUAACAGGGAAGUAAACAAAUUUGUGCACAACAUUUUUGAGAAAAUCUUUUUGUGCAAAUGGAAAAUCUUUUAUUUCAGCUCAUGAAACAUGGGACCAACACUUUACAUGUUGUGUUUAUAUUUUUAUUCAGUAUAUAUUGAAAGCAGGUGCUUCCGCACAGGUGUGGUUCCUAUGUUAAUUAAGCAAUUAAAACAUCUCAUCAUGCUUAGGGUUUCCCAUUAUUUUGACGAACAUGGCUAGAAGAGAUCUCAGUGACUUUGAAAGAGGUAUCUCAAAGGAGCAUAGGGGGUUUAAAGGGGUGUGUGUCUCAGUCCCCAGAUCUCAAUCAAUUGAACACUUAUGGGAGAUUCUGGAGCGGCGCCUGAGACUGCGUUUUCCACCACCAUCAACAAAACACACCCUCCAGUAGAGUUCCAGACACUUGUCGAAUCUCUGCCAAGGCGCAUUGAAGCUGUUCUGGCUGCUAGUGGUGGCCCAACGCCCUAUUAAGACACUAUGUUGGUGUUUCCUUUAUUUUGGUCCCUGUACAACCUAUAUUGGUAAACAGUAUUUUCUUUCUAAUCAUUAUUCACAUUUUCAACUGACAGUCAUUGGGAAUGCAAUCAGCAGUGUUUUCCAUAGUUAAUGACGUGCAUGAAGAGCUUACCGUUUAGUGGGUGUUUUCCUGUAGCGUGAUCCAGAAGGAGAUGGCCUUCAUGCUGGGACGACACGGCAUGUUCCUGGAGCUCAACGAGGACGUGGAGGACUACGAGGACCUGACGGAAAUCAUGUCCAACGUCCAGCUCAACAGCAACUUCCUGGCCUUGGCCCGAGAGGUGAGGAGAGAGGGUUUAGAGGAGAGAAAGAGGGAAGAUGGGUAGACUACUAGAGAGGGGAGGGGGUUGGAAGAGUGAGACUGUUCAGAGCAGGACUGAGGAGUGGGUCACUGUUGAAGUCAGCGGAUGGAGUGUGACUGUCUGACAGUGGGGGCUGAGUGUAUGUUAGAGAAGAGAAGGUGUUUAGAGUAGGGCCAAGGAGAGAUGAAUAUGACGUUUAGAGAUGAGUCAGGACCGCGCUCCAUUUGAUAUUGUGGAGAGGGGGAAAUGGAGGAGGCUUGAAGAAGCUACUAAGAGAAGAGUGGGGUAGGGGUCAGGGGUCAGGGUGGGAGAAUAAUGGUGCAUAGAGUGAGAGAAGAGAUGAGGCUGGAGGAUAAUGAAUGGCUGGUAUAGUGAAUAAACCAAUUAGUGAAAGACAUUAAGCCUGUUAGUGGCUAUGACUCAGCACCAGGCAGCCAGUAACACACGGUUCCCUUUCUUUACAGUUGGACAUCAUGGAACCCAAAGUCCCAGAUGACAUCUACAAAACCCACCUGGAGAACAACCGUGAGUUCUCCUUCACUACAACAGCACACUGAUUGUCCUGGUUGUUAUAUCACACUCCUCUUUCCUCAUCCUCCCUCUCAUCAUGCCAUUGUCUCUGUCAGGGUUUGGAGGAAGUGGUUCCCAGGUGGACUCUGCUCGUAUGAACCUGGCCUCCUCGUUUGUCAACGGCUUCGUCAACGCAGGGUUCGGACAGGACAAGCUGCUCACAGACGAUGGCAACAAAUGGCUGUACAAGAACAAAGACCAUGGUGAGAGAACCCCCCCACACACACAGCCUCACAUCCCUGUCUUCAAAUGGGGCUCAUGGUUCACAUUUGGGGGAUUUGACUGAAAAUUGGUUCAUGUUUAGUGGUUCGACAGUGAUCACCUUCAUUGCUAAUCCUUAAUGGCAAGCACAGUAACAAAAAUAACAUAUUGCUGUUGUGUAAAUGUUGAUGCUAAUUCUGUGUUUCUCUCCAGGUAUGCUGAGUGCUGCAGCCUCUCUGGGGAUGAUCCUGCUGUGGGAUGUGGACGGUGGUUUGACACAGAUAGACAAAUACCUCUACUCCUCAGAGGACUACAUUAAGGUCAGCACACACACUGCAUUAAAACCUCCUCACCACAACCUUCACAGCAUCCAGAAAAGCCCUAAACAUCCUAUUAAUGUAGAUAUGUCUCCCACACUCUCUCUUCCCUCCUCUCUCUCUCUCCCUGUAGUCGGGGGCCCUCCUGGCUUGUGGCAUAGUGAACUCUGGGGUGAGGAACGAGUGUGACCCGGCCCUGGCCCUGCUGUCAGACUACGUCCUCCACAACAGCAACGUCAUGCGGAUAGGAGCCAUCUUCGGGUAAGGAGAGAAGUAAAUGGAUGUUCUGUCCCAAAUCAACCCCUAGCCCCAACUGCCUGACACCUCUUACACAUUAAAGAUUUUUAUUGAGGUCUGUUUAGUCCAUUCUUAGCACAGUGUAAUCUCUGCCUGUGAAAAGUACUUGUUUAGGUGGGGUUUGUGCCUGACCUUUCCUCUCUAUCCCCAGCCUGGGCCUAGCGUAUGCUGGCUCGAACCGUGAGGACGUCCUCUCUCUGCUGCUGCCCGUCAUGGUAGACUCCAAGUCCAGCAUGGAGGUACUGUGUGUGUAGUUCCACAGUUUGUCUGGGUUUAAGUCAAGUACACAUCCACACUCAUUAAACCCAGCUCACUGUCCCAUGUUACGUGUCUUGUCACACACACUCAGGUGGCAGGUGUGACGGCGCUGGCGUGCGGUAUGAUCGCGGUGGGCUCGUGUAACGGUGACGUCACCUCCACCAUCGUCCAGACCAUCAUGGAGAAGAGUGAGCUGGAGCUGAAAGACACAUAUGCCCGCUGGUUGCCGCUGGGCCUGGGCCUCAACCACCUGGGUAAAGGGGAGGCCAUUGAGACGACCCUGGCAGCGCUGCAGGUGGUGCCUGAGCCCUUCCGCAGCUUUGCCAACACACUGGUGGACGUCUGUGCCUACGCAGGUCACUCAUCAUAGCUCCAGCUUUAGCAUUUUGUCUCCAAUUGUCUUCUUUUUUAUUUGCAUAUUUAUUUAUACAGGUGAUCUCAUUUGAGAUUUACAAGAGGUGGCUUUCCUAUAUUUAUCUCUGUUUCUCUCAAUGCCAGGUUCUGGUAACGUACUGAAGGUGCAGCAGCUGCUCCACAUCUGCAGUGAGCACUAUGAAGCCAAGGAGAAGGAGGAGGAAAAAGACAAGAAGGACAAGAAGGACAAAGACAAGAAGGAGAGUGCAGCCGACAUGGGCUCCCACCAGGUAUGCCAGGCUUCUGUUAAUCAAGGGGUGUCAGGUAGCCUAGCGUUUUAAGAGCGUUGGGCCAGUAACCGAAAGGUCGCUGGUUUGAAUCUCCGAGCCGACUAGGUGAAAAAUAUGUCGGUACCCUUGAGCAAGGCACUUAACCCUAAUUGCUCCUGUAAUUCGCUCUGGUUAAGAGCGUCUGCUAAAUGACUAAAAAUGUAAAAUACAAUCUGAGUGGUUUGAAUGAAGAUUUGAUAUUGAACUAAUCUGCUGUCUGCUUCCCCCUCCCAGGGUGUGGCUGUCCUGGGUAUUGCACUCAUUGCCAUGGGAGAAGAGAUUGGCUCAGAGAUGGCAUUACGGACGUUUGGACACCUGGUCAGUAUAACCUCUGACCUGUUCACACCAUUUGGCUUCAACACAUUUUCAGGACAUGUUAGGGGUUGAUUUAGCCCCUGUCUCUUUCACUCGAUCCGACCAUCCCACGUCGAACUGUUUUUCUCUUUAUCUCUCCAUUGUCUUGCCUUCCUCCUCUCCACCUCACUCACUCUCCUAGUUGCGGUAUGGAGAGCCUACUCUGAGGCGUGCGGUGCCUCUAGCCUUGGCCCUGAUCUCUGUGUCGAAUCCUCGCCUCAACAUCCUGGACACACUCAGCAAGUUCUCCCACGAUGCUGACCCAGAGGUCUCCCACAACUCCAUCUUUGCCAUGGGCAUGGUGGGCAGCGGUGAGUGGGCCCUGGCAUUACUGGCCAAUGGCCUCUAUUGUGUGCCUACUGUCUGGAACCCAAUCAGUCAGUGGCUUCAUUAUUAUAUUGAGAUGUUCAAAGUUAUUUAGAUUUGAUUCACUAAGUUAUCACAAUGUUCCCCUGUAAUUAUUCCUUGUCCAUGAAAAAGUAUCAACUCACUGACUCAUGGCUCCAACCCUCUGUCCGCAGGAACAAACAAUGCCCGCCUGGCUGCCAUGCUGAGGCAGCUGGCUCAGUACCAUGCCAAAGACCCCAACAACCUCUUUAUGGUCCGAUUGGCACAGGUGGGUAGCAAAAAGAGGUGCCACUUUGGCACUCUAAGCUGUGUGUUUGAGAGAGAGGGAGAGUAUGUGUCUCUGUCUCCUAACCCUUGCUCUGUGCCAUGUCCACAGGGUCUGACUCACCUGGGUAAAGGGACAUUGACGCUGUGUCCGUACCACAGUGACAGGCAGCUGAUGAGUCAGGUGGCCGUGGCAGGACUACUCACUGUCCUCGUCUCCUUCCUUGACGUCAAGAACAGUGAGUCCCUCUCCUUUUCCUCAUUACUCCACUCUUCACCACUCAUUUUAUUUGCCUCUCCCUCCCCUCCCUUUUUCCACAUCCUUGUGUUUAGGGUUGGGGGUGAAGUCCAUUUCUUUUGAGUAAUUUGAGGAAGUGAACUGAAUUUCAAUGUACGGAUGGAAAAUUCCACAUAAACAAUUAGCAAUUGUUCAACUCCUGAAUGGCAUUGGCCCUUACCCAGCUAGUUCCACUGUCUUUCUUUUAGGGUAGUAAGUCUUCUAAAUGCCUUGACCUGGGUCUGAGUAUUUGGCUGUUUGUGUUGACAUCGCCCCAUGCUGUUUCCUGUGUGUGCUGCAGUAAUCCUGGGGAAGUCUCACUACGUUCUCUAUGGCCUGGUGGCUGCCAUGCAGCCCCGUAUGCUGGUCACCUUCGACGAGGAGCUGAGGCCGCUGCCCGUGUCCGUCAGGGUGGGACAGGUAAGGACUGCUGCUCCCACUAUGCUCUUAAUAAGAGCCUGGAGGAUUAGCUUCAUAUUCAAAAUACAAUGCUAGUUGAGGAUGUAGCCUAGAUGGUGUGACGAAGGCCAAAACGUCAGCACGAUAUGACGUGAUGCUUUGCAAGUGAAAUGUGCUGGAGAUUUUCAUUUUAACUAUGGUUGAACAUCUCCAUUGCGAAGUAACGUCUAGAUGUGCAAACGUUUUUCACUCAAGAUUAGGAUGAAAUGCUAUAAGAUGAUGGCAGAGUGGACUCGACCUCAUGGUUCAUGUAUGUAAUUGGUCCGUAGGCGGUGGACGUGGUUGGCCAGGCCGGUAAGCCCAAAGCCAUCACAGGUUUCCAGACCCACACCACGCCGGUGCUCCUGGCCCACGGAGAGAGGGCAGAGUUGGCCACAGAGGAGUAUCUCCCCGUCACCCCCAUCCUGGAGGGCUUCGUCAUCCUCCGCAAGAACCCCAACUACGAUGCCUAGAUUUCCCUCUAUUGUCCUCCCCUGGUCCUCACCCUACUCUCCUUACCAGUCUCUCAUUGGUAGCAUGGAUAGCCCUCCCUGGCUCUUUUAGACCUCACUACUUUAUUCCAUGUCUGAAAAGAGCCAGGAAGCCCUCUUUUUCUUGUCAACAGCUUCUCUCCAUCUGUGAAAAUAUAUGGUUGUGUUCUGGGUGGUCAAACUGACUGGAGCAGGGAGUGGAAACUGGGACCUCAUUCACACUGUUUAGAUUGGUUUCCUCUUUGUUCUGAUCUAGGAUCAGUUCCACAUAAAUGUAUUAAACCAUCUCUUUUUAGGCUCCACAAAUAUUUAACUGAUCUAGGGUCAGCCAUCAGGAGCGAACUUUGUUCAGCCUCUCCCGGUUUCUAGUUCAGCCUCCAAGUCUGCUUUUACACAGGCAGCCCAAUUCUGAUCUUUUUUUUCCACUAAUUGGUCUUUUG